AUGUGCUCCCUGCCACCAAUAUCUACCCUAUUGAAUCCCCAACCCUCUAAACCUGAUAAUACCUCACAGCUUGGGAUCGCUAAAGCUAAACCUAAGCCGUAUAUUGAACCUCCGUUGUGUUCUUUAGUGAUUCCCCCUUCACUAGCGUCCAAGUAUUCGCCCGCAACGAUACAUCAUCAGGUUGAGCAAAAUUAUCCUCAGCAACAGACAACAACGCAAUCUUCGCGACUUCUUACAACACCUCAACUAUCACCGUUAUCACCUCAACAUCAACUUCAAUAUGGGAUGGGAGAAUGUCUAAAUGAAAAUGAAAAUAAGAGGGUAACGGACCUUAAAAAGAUAAUGAAUCAUUGUACGAAAAUCGGCCAAUUCGCCGAGAGAUACAGCGAUUUUUGCAAUAGUCCCGAGAAUAAGGAUUCACCUUGGGUAUCAUCCCCUUCUAUCAUUACAUCAGCACCUACCCUCGAGGCAAAUGUUACAGAAAUGAUUAAUAAAGCCUUCGAGGUUCUAUAUGUGCUAAAUGAUUUAAGGGAUGAGAAAAAUAGAUAUAUACAACGUACAAAUUAUGGGUCUUCUCCUGUACGACCAAAAUAUCGAAAACGAACAAAACGGUCUGCCCUUCCAGGCAGAUGCCAUUCGUGUAAUAUUCAGGAAACACCUGAAUGGAGACGCGGUCCCGAUGGGGCCAGAACUUUAUGUAAUGCAUGUGGUUUACAUUUUGCGAAAAUGACUCGAAAACGAGCUCAGCUCGCAUUACGCGAACAGCAAGCCAUGGUGGAUAAUCCCAUGCUUAAUUCGUAUGGUCAACAACAUACACAAAUGAAUUUCUUUAAUACCGCCCCUUAUGCACCUAGAAACCUUUAA